GUAAGUGCAGUCGGAGCAUCGUCGAUACUGUCAUGGCGAUGCGGCUGGAUGGGAGCUUUGGGGAACCGUCCUACAUCAGCGUGGGUGACCCGUACAAGAGUGCCCGGGAAGCCAAGGUCCACCACAUUGCCAACACCAAGCAGUUUCUCACCACGGGGCCUAAGCGUGGCCAGACGGGGUCCAACUGGGGCCCCGGCGCGCGCAAGUUUGUGGGGCUGUCGGGGUCCUACCAAGAAGCGUACAAGCAAGAGUCGCAGUAUCGCCUCGAAAACACCAAGAAGAAUGUCAAGCCCAACGGGUUUGUGUACUCGUCGUACACGAAAAAGAGCUGCGGCAAGGGCGACUACUUUGGCACGUUUCACGACCCGAAAGAGGACGACACCGCCCCCAAGCCACCCCCGUCCGCCCCUGAAACAACGAGGAUAAACCCCAAGGAUCGGCAGUUUGAAAAACGCAACGUGCUGACGUCGCCGUCGAAGAAGGGGACGUUGGGGUACACGGGAACCCUCAUCGGGGGCAAGCCCAUCCCCGCCAUGCCUGCAGAGUACGACUCGAUUCAUAACGCCGCCAGGAACGACAUGCAGUAUCACAAGGCCAAGCUGGGGGACCGCAAAGCGUUCAAGUCCAUUUCGCACGCACUCGACUACUUUGACACGAACGACCACGUGGCAGCGUCGCGGGUGUUUGAAUGGGACGAAGGGUGCAAGAAGAAGCCCCCCGAGAGGGAGGAGACGAUGAACCCCAAGGAGCGCGCGGUGGCCCAUGCCGCGACCUACAAAUCGUGGAAACCGACCCAUGCCGGCAAGGAGGGCGAGCCAGGGACGUUUGUGAAGUUUCCCGAGCGUGUGCCCGAUCCGUACGACGAGCGGAUGGUCACCCGCGCGAUGCUGCCCAACCGCCGCAACCCCGUGGAGCUGGCGACGCAGGGCCUGUCCGAGAGCAUCCGUGAGCGCAAGGCUUUCAAGCCGUCCAGCUUUCCCAAGCAGAAGUUCACCAAAGGCACGUGCCUCUUGGGCAUCAAUAAACACAAACUGUAGCCAACGAAUGUACUACUACUAUGAUAGUACUAGUAAUACUACGUAAGCCUCUAGUAAUGUGCAACCCCCCC